CCGUCCAGUCCCGGGCACCCCCGAGUCUCACUCCCGCUUGCCAGGCUGGGCAGCAGCCGGCCAGCCCAAGCAGCAGCAGCUGGAAGGAGCCGCCCCGGCCAGCCAAGCCAGCCCGGUGGCUCAGUGAGCGGAACUUUGCCCUGCCCGCUCGGCUGCCUUAUGACAGCAGCAUGGAGGAAUUCUUGCAGCGCACCAAAUCCAAACUGAACCGGAGCAAACGCCUGGAGAAAGUCCAUGUUGUUCUUGGGAAUAAACCAUGUGAUUUGGAUUCUCUCAUUUCUGCAUUAACAUAUGCCUACUUCCUAGACAAGGUCAGUCCCCCGGAUGUUCUGUGCUUACCUGUGCUGAACAUACCAAGAAGAGAGUUCAGCUAUUACCCAGAAACACGGUUUAUUUUGGAAGAACUGGAUAUCCCAGAAUCAUUCCAUAUCUUCCAGGAUGAAAUCAACUUACAUCAGCUGAAUGAUGAAGGGAAAUUAUCUUUAACACUUGUUAACAGCAACAUGCUGGCAAGUGAUGACAAAAGUUUGGAAUCAGCAGUUGUCAAAGUCAUCAACCCAGAUGAGCAAUGUGAUGCCAACUUGGGGUUACAAGCGUCUUCUUCCUCUGUAGUAGUAAAAGAGAUUCUUCAAGAGGCACCAGAGUUAAUCACUCAACAACUGGCUCAUCUCCUCAGAGGAAGCAUUCUCUUUAAAUGUAUGUCUGUGGAACACGAAAGAAUUACAGAACAACAGGAAGAAAUACUGUCAAUUCUAGAAGAAAAAUAUCCAGAGCUGCCGCCUCGAGAAAACAUUAUCUCUGUUUUCCAGGCAACUCCACUGAAGGCUCAAGGUUUAAAUAUUGAAGAGGCUAUGUUGAAAGAUCUCAAGGAGUUGACAGAUGGAGAAAUUAAAGUAGCAGUUAGCACGGUGUAUAUGGCUCUUGAGGAUUGCAUAUUUCACAGGAAUAUCACUGGUGACCUGAAAGCAUUUAUAGAUAAAUAUGGUUUUGAUGUUCUCGUCAUUUUGGCUAACUAUUUAUCAGAAGAAGAGCAGACUAAACGACAAAUAGCGGUGUACUCAGAAAACGUAGAGUUGUGCAAUCAAAUUUGCUGUGAAUUAGAAGAAUGUCAGAAUCCCUGCCUGGAGCUGGAUCCUUUGGAAUGUGGAUGUGACCAGUUCCUUGUGUAUCACCAAGACAAUACUUUGGUGACCGGUGAUCAAAUUUUUCUAAUAAUUAAAGAAGUUAUUAACAGGAGACAGCCAGAAAUGGCACCAAACAGCAGAACUUCCUCUACUGAAGCGGUUGCUGGGAGUGCUCCACUUUCACAGGGAUCUUCGGGUAUCAUGGAGCUAUAUGGUUCUGACAUAGAACCACAGGCCAGUUCUGUCAACUUUAUAGAAAAUCCUCAAGAUCUCAAUGGAUCAGUCCAAGCCCAGGUGGAUGUUAAUACAGAUCUUGUGAGUCCAGACAGUGGCUUGGCUACCAUUAGAAGCAGCCGGUCUUCUAAGGAGAGCUCAGUUUUUCUCAGUGAUGAUAGCCCAGUUGCAGAAGGUGCUCAUCACAGUCUCCUUCCAGGUUUUGAUUCUUAUAGCCCCAUUCCUGAAGGGGCAAUACCAGAAGAACAACCACCUCAGUCUAGAAACAACAGUGAUAACUUCGAUCUUUUCAGUUUUGAUCUAGCACCUAGGGUUACAAUUCGAUCUGAAUCUUCUUCUCGUUCUGUUGAUUAUUCCCCAGCAGAUGACUUCUUCCUGAAUAGUGAUUCAUCAGAAGGACAGCCACCUAUUGUGCAGAAAGAACUUGAUGAGACAAAUUUAUCACAAAAUGACAUGGCUAAUUAUUCACCCGACUUACUAAUGAUUACAAAUGAAGAAGACAAUUUAGUAGAAUUUGAUGAUGAAUUUAGGCAAGAAAAUCCUGGAGAUUUGUCUGAAAAAACUUCAAGUUUGACUGAUUUUGUGGAAGAUGUUUCUUCUUCGCCUGAGGUGUUGAAAAAUAUUGAAACAAAAAUUCCCCCAACUCCUAUGAACAGUCUUGUGGAAAGUUCGCCAUUAGAUAAUGGAUCACCACUGUUUUUUUCACAAGAUGUGAUUAAAAAAAUUAAUGAAAUAGAUAGUGGAAACUAUUCACAGUCACGUGAGAGGUAUGGAAGCUGGUGGGAUGGUUUUGAAUUAGAUUCUAAAAAUGCUGAUGGAUGGAGUUCAAGUGAACAGGAAUCUGUAUUUCAAAGCCCUGAUUCAUGGAAAGACCGUAAAGCAAGCCCAUUACUUCGGGAGCAUGUUGAUAGAAGAGCCUCAGAUUCUGUGUUUCUUCAAAAACAACCAAGGCAGAGGAAUUAUUCAAGAUCAGGCCUGUGGGAGAAUCAGUUUAACCCUGUCCAAGAUAAACAUAAAGAGUUGCAGAAGAAAACCACUGAACUUUCACAUGGGCAAAAUACUUCUGCAGGGGAGAAAAAACAACAAAUGGAGGCAUUUACUGAUUUGUGGAAGUCCAGUCAACUGACCCGAGUGAUAUCAGCUCCAUGGUGUAACACUGAGAGUGAACAACUUGAUGCAGAAUCUUGCAAUGUCUGGACAGAGUUUGAGCAAGAAGAUGGCCCUAAUCCCUCAGAAAAUGUAUGGUGUAUGCCCAAACUGGACACAGAUAAAUCUUCAGUGAGGAGUCUUGACGCCUGGGCCAUGUCCAAAACUGGUCUAUCAUAUUCUUCAGAAUUCACUGCAAAAAAUGAGAUUGAAAAUCCAAACAAUGAAGUGUCGCCAGAAGCCUGGAACAAAGGGAGAGUUUAUCCAGCGGAAGAAUACAGCACAUUUGAAAAUACAAAGUCCAAUAUUGACAGUGUGCAGAACAAUUCUAAUCUAGCCAUAGAAAAUCAAAAUGGAUUAGCUGACAGUGAAUAUGGACCAAAACAAUUAGAAAAUAUGGAUGUCUGGGGUCUGUAUGAAAAAGACAUAGAGAAAGAAGUAUUGGAAACUCUGGUUCCAUGGGACGAUUCUGUUUUCUCAUAUAAAUGCUCAGACUUUAGCUCAUCAAAUGUGGGUGAAGAUUUAAUUGUUUCUCCACCAGAUACCAAUUAUUCAACAUCUGAUUCAUACGUAUCACCUACAUUUAUAGAGGAUGACAGGGAAAAGGAGAACAAUCGUUUUGACAGAGAUACAAUUUUUGAUGAAGUGAUUAAUUCAAAUUCAGAUGAAUCUAAUAUAUUGGAGGAAACAGAUAAGGAAUUCUUACCACAACCAUCCCUUAGAAGCAUGCUGUUUCUAAGCUCAGGGAACACAGAAAUGUGGAAUAUAGGUCUUAAUAAUGUCUGUCAGUUAAAAACAAAAAACUCUGAAAUUACUGCUCUUCCAAACACUUGUACAGUCUCGCUGAAUUCAGAACCAAUAACCACUAAGUAUUUUUCAGGCAAUGAGAAUAACAGUGAAAGUAAUUCAAGUUUUGAGGACAUUGGAGUCAUGCAAGUGUAUAAUCAAACAGAAAAUCACUUAUCUCAUCAACAUGGUGAAUUGAAAACCAAACCAACUGCAUCUGAAAAAAAUGUAGAAGUAUGGAAUAGGGUCAUUCUUGAGGAUACUCAAACUUCAGAUAUGGGUAAAGGUUUGGGCUUGAAAGCAAGUGACUUAAAAAAUGAGGUUUCAGUCAACGGACAAGUACAAGGAAAUGUUAAUAAGGGCUCAGAGGUAAGACCUCAGCUUUCUGAAGAACAGUUGAAUCAGCGCAAUGUACACCUACAGCAGAAUCAUCAGGCAGGAUGGGAGAAUAAUGCUAUCUUGGGUACUUCUCAACAAGAAAUAGAUGAAUAUAAAAAAAAGGAUGAGAUGAGUGGACCGCUAACCAUUAGCAAUGUUUGGAACACAACCAUGCAAGAUAACAGAGUAUUGCCAUCAGUGUUAUCCAAACUAUCAUAUUCAGAAGACAAUACAACAACAUCUGAGGUUCCUAACUCACCAGAAAAAAUAAGAAACAUUUUCAAAGCUUUAGAAACAGAGAAAUCAGAAAUGAAUAUGCCCUCUUCUAGUCCGUCUAACCCUGUCAAUCAGAAACAGGAGAAAGAACAUUUACAGAACAAUGCAUAUUCUUCUGCAACAAGUCCUGAGGAAGAAAGACAUUCUGGGCAUUUAGACUUAUAUAAUCCACACAAUUUCAGUCAUAGUAAUAUAUCACAGUCACUUCUUACAAAUACUGAUAAAGGAAGUGCCACUAGAGAGGGUGAAACAAGUCACAAGAUGGAAAGUGCCUAUGAAAGAUCUAACAGAGACAAGGAUAGCCAAGAAAAUAAUUCUCUUACCGUGCCUGAAAAUCCAGAUAUCUGGAAUGACUCUGCAAAGAAUAGUUCCUGGUCAGUUGCAUCAAGUCCUUUAAUAAAUGAAGCACCAGGGAUGUUAAGAGAGUCUCAAGAGAGUUUAUCUGAGGUACUUCCUAGCAAUUUAGACAGCUGUAAUUUUAAAUUAGGUUUUUCUGAACAUAGUCCAGAGAUAAUUGGUUCUCAUGAAGCAUCUUUCAUUAGUGAAACUGUGCAGAUUAAAAUUAAAGUGAAUCCCUCUUCUGAAUCUGCUGAAGUGCCUGACAGUGCAAAUAGGUCUAUGACGGAUAAUUCAUUAUCACAUGAAAUGGAUUCUGGGGAAAGUGAUGCUUCUGAAAGUUUAGAAACUGCAAAUAAACUUCCAGAUGAGGAAUAUGUUGACAUCACAUCCCAUCAUGAUUUUCCCCAAAUUCUGGGUGAUUGGAAUCCAUAUAUGUGUGAAGAUACACAAUCUCCUGUAACAAAUCCUCAGACAAGUGAGGUUCUUGAAAUGACAGACACCAUAAGUAACCUUCUUGGAGAUACACAAACCAAAAGUGAUUGUGAAGAGGACAAUGCAUGGAGUGGUUCAACAAAUGAUUAUAUAGAAUCCAGUGCCACAAGCCCUGAUAUAAGUGAUGCCUCUGCAAAUAUUAAUGUUUGGGAGAGCAUGCCAGCUUCUAAUCAUAGAGAAAGAGAAGCUGUUUUAAAUAUAACCAAUGAUAACAUAAUAGAAAAAGCUCCGGAAAAAGGGGGCUUUGAGAAUAAAAGUCAAGAAGAGUCUGAAGAGAGCACAGAUCACAAAGUUCCUAAAAAUUUAGGUCUUUGGAAUGCACAUGUAGAUGACGAUACAGUAUCUUCUUUAUCAAGUCCUGAAGCAAAUGAGGAUUCUGAAAAUUCAGAGGCACCUCAGGCAGUGAUAGAGGUAGAAUCCAACCAUCAAGCCAAUGAGCACAUAUAUGAAACCAAAGAACAUGAUUAUGCACUAUCCAGUGAAGUGAGUUCUGAAGACAGUUUAGAUGAUGAAACUGAACUGGAGAAAGAGGUUCAGAUGGCCAUCUUAAAUAAAAACUCUGAAAAUAUAAAAGCUUUGAAUAUAUCAAAGGAAGAGGAUAUUAUGCACUUAAACACAACUGACCAUAAUACAUAUGAAGCUUCUGAAUAUUUAGAUGACUGUCAGGGAGAAUUUCAAGUGAAUACCUUCCAUGAAAAUCAUGACCAUCCGCGUGUUUGGAAUUCCCCAACUUCAGCAGUAGGGCAUAAUGAAGAAUAUUCUUCAGAGAAUUCAGAUACAUGGACUAUAUCAUUGCAAGUUGCUUCUGAAACAGAUCAAAGGUUCACUAUGGAAACAUUUGGAUUCCCAGAUGACAAUUCAGAAUGGUGGAAUUCAGAAAUGCAUAAAGGCAAAUCAAUUGAAGAUCAAUAUUCUAAUUCAGAUGGUGGUUUAGAAAUUAACCAGUCAGAAAACAUUAAUGCCUGGGGAGCACCAAUACAAAAUAAAGAACUAAAAGGUGCAUAUUCUACUCAUCCUGGUAUCCAUACAAAUCAGUCUCUCCCUCUGUGCUUUAAUGAAGAGAAAUAUGAAAGUAUAAUGCACUCCAAGUAUAUUUACAAGGGUCAAAUUGACCCAGAUAUUGUACAGAUUAAGCAGUCUGAUCCACUGGCACUGGGUGAAAAAGAAAGGGAUUUAAAAGAUCAGCCUUUUGUCACAGUUGAUGGAGAUCAAGAUAUCUCUAAAAAUCCCUUUUCAGAAAAGUGGCAACCAGAUAUGCCAAACACAUCAACUCAGACAAACCUAACACUUGAUCUUUCAAGCGACCACGUGGAUGUAAUAACUAGCACUUCAAAUAAAGAUCAGUUUGUUCAAGAACAAUGGAAUACCAGUGAAACUUUAGAAUUAUGCAGCUCUCCACAAAAUGCUUUUACUGAAAAUCACUCAUCCCAAAAAAUGAUAGGAAAGUUGAGCCUGGGAUGGAAUGAGUUAGCUGACGUUCCCCAAACCACAUUUUCCCCAUGUAUAGUACAGCACAAGACUCAGGAAAGAAAUCAACUAUUCUCAGGAGAUCCUGAUUUGUGGACUGACCCUGAGCAGCUUUUCAUUUUGAAAGCGGAUGGUGGACAUCCUGAUAUAUUAAGUCACUGUGACCAAGACAGCAGUUCACAAGCCUCAAACAGUCCUGAUAUAUGCCAAGAAUAUGAAGCUAAGCAUGCAUCUUCCCCAUCUAUUCAUGCUUUGGCCAAGGCUGGAGAAGUUAGUCAGUUACUUCUCCCAAUGCCAAAUAUAAGCAAAGAAGCAGAUUUUGAUUUUAAACAGCAAUUAGUAACUCACAAAGUAGAGACACAUCUUGAUAUAAAUAGUCCAGAAAAUAAUGAUGGAACACAGGUUGAUUCGCUAAUCUCUUCUAAAGCUCAUGGACCGUCUGAAUGCAGAAAAGAAAAUACGUUGAAAGAAUCUGACCAAGAAAAGAAACCAGCUGUUGAACUAGUGGAUUCAAUAGGCUCCUCUGCUGAAGAUUUGGGAAUAGCUUCCUUAAAUCUUAAAGACACUAGUUAUGAAAGUAAUAUUCUUGCCGCUUCAGCCAGUGUAGUUAGCACCCAGAAACAUUUAGUUGACACUGUUUUCUUUCCCCUAGAUAAUUUGGAACAAAACAGAAAAGAUACUCAUAUCUCAGCUGACACUGGGCAAAUUUCAGUUAUUGACCAUACAACAGCGAGUGCUGAUGAAGUAAAAAUAUCAGACAUGUGUGUUGAUGGGAAUGAGACGGGUAGAGAAAAUAGCUCCAGUAUGUCAGUCACCAACAUUCCAUCAUUAGGUGAAGUGAGCAAACUGACAGUAUUCAACAGCAAACAAAAAGUAGCAGUAGAAAGAGAUGCAGUUGAGAAACAAACAUUCUUCUUAGAACCCUCAUUGGAUAGUAAUGAUAGAGAUGCUAUAGUUAGUCAGCAUGCAGACAAUGUAGUAAGAAAACCUGAAAAUUUACUUGACAGUCAUGAUCGUUGGUUGAAAGGAUCACUUAAUGAACAGUCACCAGCGGUGUACUCUCCUCCAUCUGAUGUAUCAUUUAAUACAAAAGCCACUGGCAGUGAAGAGGGAAGAAGAGUAAAGCAGGAGUUUUCUGACAAUAUUUUUGUGGAAAUGCCAUUAGCUCCACUUAAUCCUCAAAAAGAAGAAAUGAGCUUUUUGGAGACAAAAGACAGCAAUACCAGAGAUCAGUCAUUUGAUACAUUUACAGAGUGCUAUACAUUGGGAUAUUUACCAAUAGAGUCUGAAGUGAUGUCUGAAUCCUCCGAGAAAGGGGUUUUAGAACAUGAGAUGGAAAAAAGUAAUAUCGAUUCACCAGCAGGUGGGGCUACAGGAUCACCCAAUGAAGUCACCAUUUAUACUGGGGAGAAGGAAAUAAAUUCCACUGAGAGCCCUGAACUGAGGACACAGGUGAACAAAGAUCAGACUACACUAGAGAUGGAUUACAUCCUUGUUACUGCUGAAGAAAAUAGAUCUGUGAAGAAGGAUAUUCUUGAAACAAAGGAAAGCGAUUUUGCAUUUCAAGAAGCUCAUGUGGCUGAACAGACAGAGUCUCAGGAAGCCUUUUCAGCAGGCUCCUCAGAUACAUUUCAGUCAAUCUCCAUAAUAAAUGGAAGUAAAGGCCAGUCUUUUCUGAGUACUGAAUGGGAUUCUUUUCAUUUAGCAGAGAAAAGUCCUUCUGUUUUGCCUCAAAGACUGGAUGCUGAAAAGAGAUCCCCUGAAAGCCCAGGGCAAGACCAUAGUUGGACAGUGCUAGGCCAAAAUGAAGUCAGCGAUAUAUCACCUGAAGAAAUUUCCAGCAGGACAGAGACAGUGGACUCAGGGUCUGGACAUUCUGUCAAAGAAUUGGAAACAGUUUUCGACCAGGAAAUUAUCCAUGACACACAAGUAGGAGUUGAACUAGAAAAACCCCCUCAUAAACCAUAUGAACAAGAAGAAUACUCUCCCUUAGACAGUCCAGAGAGGAAAGACAAGAAUUCAGGCAUCGUAAGGACAGAUGCUCUUUCAUUACAGGUUGUUGGUGGUCAUGGCAAAUGGGAUGCACAUUUGCAGCAUUAUCCUGGAGAUGGCAUGGCAACCGAACAAGAAAUGGAGGAGGAAACAGAGUUUCUCAGUGGUGAAAGAGAACUCAGUCGAGUCUCAGGAUUGGUACCAGAGGAUGUGGGAAUGGACAUCCCCCUUGAGGAGGGUGUACUAAGUCCCGAUGCUGCAGAGAUCAGGCCUGAGCCACCUAAUUCUUUGGAUCUUAAUGGUUCCCAUCCCAGAAGAAUAAAGCUCACAGCUCCAAACAUCAACCUUUCUUUGGACCGGAGUGAAGGAUCUGUCCUUUCCGAUGACAAUCUGGACACCCCCGAUGAAAUUGACAUCAAUGUAGAUGAUCUUGACACACCUGAUGAAGCAGAUUCUUUUGAAUAUACUGGAAAUGGCAAUGAACUAGACUGGGAAGAAAGUCAAGCAGCCCUUGGGGAUGUUUUCCAAGAGGAAUCUGAAUCCAUCCCUGAGUACACUGCUGAAGAAGAGCGAGAAGACAAUAGGUUAUGGAGAACGGUAGUGAUUGGAGAUCAGGAGCAGAGGAUUGAUAUGAAAGUCAUUGAGCCUUACAAAAAAGUUAUUUCUCAUGGAGGAUACUAUGGUGAUGGUCUAAAUGCCAUCAUUGUGUUUGCUGCAUGUUUCCUGCCAGACAGCAGUCGACCUGACUACAACUAUGUCAUGGAAAAUCUUUUCCUAUACGUAAUAAGUACCUUAGAGCUGAUGGUAGCUGAGGACUAUAUGAUCGUCUACUUGAAUGGAGCAACACCACGGAGAAAGAUGCCAGGAUUUGGCUGGAUGAAAAAAUGUUACCAGAUGAUUGAUCGACGGUUAAGGAAGAAUUUGAAAUCAUUUAUAAUCGUUCACCCUUCUUGGUUUAUCAGAACUAUUCUAGCAGUGACACGACCUUUCAUAAGUUCAAAAUUCAGCAGCAAGAUCCAGUAUGUUGGUACAUUGGCAGAACUCAGUGAGCUAAUUCCAAUGGAAUAUGUACACAUACCAGAGAGUAUUAUCAAGUAUGAUGAAGAGAAGUGGUUUAAGAGAAGAAUGAGACUGGAUGAAGAGCUGAGGGAAGCAUCAGAAACAGCUAAAACUAGCUGCCUCUCAAAUGAGCCGGAAAUGACUUCUAUGGAGCAGGAACUUGACAUGACUCCACAAAAAGAAAAAUCAUAACUUCCUGGCACUUAGAGAAGAGGGUUUGCAUCUCCCUGACACAGAAGGCCAUGGAGGAAGAGGCAGUUUGGUUCAUUUCCUUUUGUUUUAUGGAUUAGUUUGGUAUUACUCAGAAUUUUUGAAGAAACUAAGGGCCCAAUCCUGUUGCCAUAGCGACUGCAGGCUUUGGCUCUCACUUUGUAGAUGAUCUUCAGAGGUGUUGUUUGCCGUAAGAUAAUCGAUUUAAUUUAGCAUCAUUUUAUGUAACUGUAUAUUUUUAAUUUAAAAGUAUCUUUAGAUUUAACCAACAACGUGCCUCAUGGGUAAUUCAGUGAAACCCUCACAAGGUAGUAGUUUUGUUUUAUCUUUAGUAGUUUAACAUUUACUUCUAGCUUAAGGAAAGUGGUAUUAUUCCAAUAAACACCAUUAGCUUGUUUCACAGAUUAGCUAGAACACUACUGUUUAAAAUACUUCUAGAUAUGGUUCAUAUUUUUCUCUGUGUAGAUAGCUCUUGCUGUCUGUGAAACGCUUCUUGUUCAAGUUGUGCAACAGAUAACAUUACAUAAUCAUUUGCUUAGAGAGAACCCUAUUUUUUUUAAAUAAAUAUGUGAGACAUUAAAGGGAUUUAUCAGAAAAAAUAACUAAUUGAAAUUAAUUUUAUUUUACUAAUUGAGUUCAGUGUCUUUAUUUUUUUUUAAUAUCAAUUUUUUAAACACAGUAAUUCAUCAUCUAAAUCAGUGGUUCUCAUCCAAGGGUCCAGGAUUCCAUGAGGGGUCAUGAGUAGGUUUCAGGAUGUCUGCCAAGCAGAGCCAGCAUUAGAUUUACUGGAGCCCAGACAGAAAGCCAACUCCCUCCUACGCAUGCAGAAAGCCAAAUCCCUCCUACGUAUCCACCAGGAACUGAAGCUGAAGUCUGAGCAACUUAGCUUCAUGGGACCUCCUGUGAUAUGGGGCCCCAGGCAGUUAUUCAGAAAAUAGUUGUUGGGGCACAAGGUGGCCAUGGAGUUUUUAAUUGGACAUUGGGAAUGGGAGGGGGGGUUCCGCAAGAAGGUUGAGAGCCCCUUCUCUAAAUGAUUAUCAAAUGCCCUAACAGUGUUGGAGUUUGUUUUUUUUUUUAAAGCAAACUCAGUGCAUCUAAAACUGUUUCCAAGCUGUGAUUAUUCAAAAUGGUGUCAUUGGCUGAAGUAAUACAGGCUGAUCAUUCCAUGUUUGUAUUAACAUUGAGGAUUUUUUAAGGUGAUGGAUAAAAUAUACAAAUCCAUAGCUUGGUGUUACGAUCAUUAAAUGCUUACAUUGAAAUAUUAUGAGAGUGUAUUUUAUAUCAGUAAAAUAAUGAUUAAAAUGCAGUUUGAAUUAUGUAGCAAGAUUACUCACCAGAAUAGAAAGAAACCCCCCAAAAGUAACAUUUAUUCGUAGCUGCUUUACCACAUUUUAAUAUGUAAGACAGUACAAUAUGACCAUGUGCAAAACGUGGGAUAUAAUGGGUGUGAUGGUUGUGGGUAAAUGUUGAUUUUUCUAAUGGUGACCACUGUAUUUUCAUAACAGAAAGUAAGUUGAUAAACUUCAUUCUACUUGUCUCCUUCAAACAAAGGAGUCUGGUAGCAAAUAUAUAGUUCUUUGAGAUGCUAUGGGAAACAGUUUGGAAUAAAUAAGAUUCACCACUACGGAUACGUCUACACUAUAACACUAUUUUGAAAUAACUAGUGCUAUCCUGAAAUAACUUAGUCCAUGUCUACACAGCAGGCAGUUAUUUCAAAAGCGUGUCAAAAUACUGUCAAGCUGGAAGACUUCUUACUCUAACUCCUGUAACCCUUAUUGUACGAGGAAUACAGGAAGUCAGAGGAAGAGUGCUCUAUUUUGAAAUAAGUGCUGUGUAGCUAUUUUGAAAUAAGAUAUGCAAUUGACGUAGCUCAAUGUGCAUAGCUUAUUUCAAAUUAAGCCCUGCAGUGUGGACAUACCCCAAGAGUCAGUGUUGUGCACCGAAAUUACAGCUGUAUUGAUUUGUAGGCAGCAAAUCUAGAUGCUUUGUUUAUCUCAACUUAGAUGUGUAUUAAUUGUUAGCAUCCUGUAUUACUAAAUAACAAAAGAGAAUAACUAGACAGAGGGAGCAAACAGAUUUGGUAGGGUUGCCAACUUUCUGACCAAAUAACAUCGAACAACUGUGCCCCACCCAUUCUCUGAGAUCUCAUGCUGCUCAUUCCAUCCCCCUCUCUCUGUCUCUUACUCUCUCCCACCUUCACUGACUCACUCAUUUUCACUGGGUUGGGAAGGGCUGGAAAAAAGAGGAAGAACGGCUCUUGCACAAGAGGGGUUUUUGCGCAAAAACGAGCUGUGUAGACAACUCCUUUUUGCGCAAAAGCCUCUUGCGCAAAAACGGCCUCUAAUGAACUAUGCAAAUGAAGCACAGCAAUAUGCUAAUCCACUCUUCAUUUGCAUAGGCUUUUGCGCAAGGAGGAUGCAAUGUAGAUAUAGCCACGGUAUGCCCAUUUGUUCAUCUACACUGAUAUAGCUUACGUGUCAGAUGGACAAGAAAUUGCCAAAAUCUGACUUACAUACUGACAAGCAAACUGAAAUGUCAUCACAUUCAUACUUCUUCAUCUGUCCUGCCAAUAUGCUUUAAAAUAUUAAUAUUUUAUCUACUUGCUACGAAAUCCUGUGAAUG